UAAUUUUUGUCUGUAUGUUGUGCUGUCUUGUUAGAGAUAGGACAGAUCCAAAAUUUGCUUCUUUUGACUGCAGAAAAGCCUGCUGAUUGUUCUCUUCAAGUCUCAACUCUUGAAAACAAGAGCUUAACAUGGAUACACUUUUGGAAAUGGGAUUUCCAAAAAAUAGAGCAGAGAAGGCUCUUGCUCUGACAGGAAAUAAAGGAGCUGAAGCAGCAAUGGAGUGGCUGCUGCAGCACUCAGAGGACCCGGACAUUGACGACCCGCUGCCGGAGGGGGCGGCCGAGGCCGCGGCCGGAGAGGGAGCAGCCGAGGCCGCGGCCGGAGAGGGACAGCAGCCGCAAAGGGUGCUAUCUGAAGAAGAAAAGGCUGCCAAGGCGAAAGAAUUGGAAGAGAAGAUCAAGCAAAGGAGGAAAGAGCGAGAGGAAAAGGAAAAGAAAGAAGCAAUAGAGAAGGAAAAGAGGAGAAUGGAAUCAGGAAAACAAAUCGUUGAUGCGAAGAGACGAAUGGAAGAGCUUGAGAUGAAGAAGAUCGCCGAGGAACGGCGGCGAGAAAAGAUGGAGGACCGGCUGGCCAGAGAGCGUGUCAAAAAACAAAUCGAGGCCGACAAACUCGCCCGGCGGCAGAAGUUUAACAUGGACGGCGCUGCGCCCGCCGCCUCUGCCGCUGCCGCGCCGCCCGCCGCCGCCCCAGCGGCCCAGCCAGCCGAGGCCGCUCCCAAGAAGGAGUACUCCAUGACCCGGCUACAGAUCCGCCUCACGGACGGCGCGGCGCUCACCUCUCAGUUCGCUGCCAAAGAGGCGCUGGCCGCCGUGCGACUCUACGUCGAGAUGAACCGCACGGACGGCCAGGGCGCCUUCACGCUCGGCACCGCCUUCCCGCGGCGCGUGUUCACCGCGGAGGAUUACGAGCGGCCGCUCGACUCGCUCGGUCUGGUACCGUCGGCUGUACUGAUCGUCUCCAAACCCACGUGAUCUCGGAGCCUGCUCAGACUGUAACCAUGCCAAGUGAUCCUUCAGUGUGGAGUUCUCGUCA